UACUCAUUUGUAAGCUGAACGUGCAGCACAACACAUUUGUUUAUAAAAUGCCUGAUAUCAAGGAGUUGGAGAAUUGCGAUUUAACAAAUGGGUCGGAAGAUGUGCCUGAGCCAGCGCUGGAGCCUGAAGAAAUGAGUAUUCUUCCGCCCGAUCAUCCGCUCCUGCGAAAGUUCCAACAAUCACUGAGGGAACAUUUGCUGCGUACGAAAAACAAGUUGAUAGAUGAGAUAACGGAUAUCAAAUAUGAAGUUAAGGCCAAGGAGGAACGACGGGAGGAACAAGGAUUACUCUUGUACGAUAUGCAAAAUAAAAUUACCUAUCAAGAGCAACAAAUCAGGGAGAUCUCUGCCCAAAUUGAUGAGCACAUUGAAAAGCGGCAAAAAGAAGAAGCUGCUGUCGAAACGAUCAAAAAGGAAUAUGAAGAGAAACUCAAAUUGGCAAGGGGACAAAAAUCGCUAUAUAAUAAUCGAAUGAUGGAAUUGGAGGACUUGCAGAGUCUACGUAGCAAUAUUAAACAAUGGGCAUAUGAUGUCGAAGAUGAGGUGAAGAAUGCGAAACGCAUCGUUAGCAGAGAUGCUCAGCUGCAAAAGCAACUGUCGGAAGAGAAACGCAAAUCGGAUAUACUAUUUUAUCGUCUCGACAUGGAGGUGAAGAAAAAAGAAGUCGAAUUGCAAUCAAUUAGCGACGAUGAGAUCGCUAUCAAGGAGGUUGUCAAUGUACUAAAUAUGAGUAUUGCGGAUGCCAACACCGAUUUGGAGGCUCUGCAAAAUGAACACAAGCGCUUAAUACAGGCCUGGUCUGAGGUUAUCAUUGCAAUUCAGUUGCGAGAUAAAAUUCUAUUCCAAGUUCAGGACAGUAUACGUAAGCAAAAGGAGUCAAUAAAACUUAACGCAAAUGGGAUUGAGGCAGUUAAAAAACAGAUUGCACGCGAAAUGGAACUAAAUAAAAAGCUGGAUUCAUUUAAGCAGCGCUUGGCAGAUGACAUGAACAAUCUUAGUCGAGACUGUCAGCGGGAAUUGGAUAACCUAACGUUGUUAAAAUUGAAACUUGAUGAAUUUCCCGACUUUUUGGCUCGAACUGAAACCGAUUUGAGUGAAGCGACACGCGAAGGGACUAAAAUACAAUCAGAAGUCCGCCGUCUUGACCACACCUUGGAUAAAAAUCAUCAAAAAAAAUUUCAAAUUGAGGAAGCAAUACUAAAGUUGGCACAGGAACAACUGAUUACGGAUAAGGCCAGUGCCUAUCGCUUAAAAUUAUUGAACAAGGCCCAAGAGCAGCGUCGAGUCGUAGAUCUAUCAUUGUCGAAAGUACAAAGUCAAUUGGCAAUGGCUAUGCUGGAUGUGGAGAAGCUGCGAAGUGUUCUAUUUAAUGCACGGAAGGAAAACGACAAUGUUCAAGAAAGCCUCAAUAAAGCGGAAGGCAAAUCCAACGAUCUCGAUGGAGAACUGAAGAAAUUACAAGCUAAGAUUGACAUUAAAACGAAGCGUUUUGAAAAGUUGAACAGCCAAAUAGAAGAUAUCCAAGCCGCUUUCGGCUCUGAUUGCGGUAAUCCAACCGAACUGAAGAUUAAACAAAUUGAGAAAUCGAUUCACAUUGGCGAGCACAGUAUCAGGGAGCAUCAACAGUUUUGGAUAAUGCUUCAAAACCAUUUUGUCAAUUUGACACAUAAGAGAAGCGAUCAGGUCCAUGAAAUUCAGGUGACUCGAAAACAGCUGUCAAUCAUCAAGCAGAAAUCGCUUAAGGUGGAGCAAGAUCUAGAAAUUUCUGAAAGUAAGACGAGAGACUUAAAUCUGGAUAUUCAGAAGUAUACCUCAAAAUUGGAGCUGCUUAACGAAAAAGUAUACACUAAGCGAAAAAAUCAUGACAUCGAAGAGAGCGAAUACGAGCACGAACAAACUGAGCUAAGUCAAAAACUAAAAGAUACUGAGCUGAGUACAUUAAAGUUAGAAAAAGAUAUUAAUGAAUUGCAAAAUGAAAUUGAACUGCAUAAGGAUCUUGUGCUGGACAAACAUAGAGAAUCGUUGUCCUGGGAAACAAAGCAUAAACUUAUUGAGGAAACAAUCAAUUGGACUAAAACCGAGCGAUCGCUGAAUGGCGAAAUCGGUGCCAUGAAAAUCGAGAUCCAUAGAAUGACAAUUCGAUUUAAUCAAUUGAAAAGGGCACAGGAAAAACUGGUCCAAGAUCUGGAGCAUUGUGUAAUGCAUCGUGAGCAGAUCUUCGUGAACGCAACUGUCAAGGAGCACAUCGAUGCCAAGAAGAAAAAGAUCAAGAACUCAUCGCAGGUCCAAGUUAAACUUGAUGAGGUGCGCAAUAAAACCAAGAUGAUUCAAAAUGAAAUAACAUUUCUGCAAGAGACUCGCAUAGUGGAUGAUAAAAACAAAAUUGAACGUAUGAUCUACAUUCUCCGGAAAAUAGAAAAUGACCUGAAGGAAGUUACCAGCAAAGAUGCUGGGAUUCGGGCUCAAAUCGAAGAUGGCCUGUUGACCAAGCAUGCCAACUUAGAGCAAAUUGUGCGCAAACAAAAUCGGGCAAAGGCAUUUCGAAAGCUCCUCAACGCGAAGGGACAACAGAAAAUUGUGCGAUCUGAGAGCACCAUUCAACUGCAGUUAGAAAAUCAAAUUGAAAUGAACGAUUCCCUGAUGGAAAUCGUUCAGACGCUAACAAACGAUUAUCCCGAAAAGAAAACAUUCUUUACAAAGCUAAUUCAUUUCCUUAAAGAAUAAUCGAGCUUAUAGAAUCAGAACUUUAUUUGAAUAAAAAGUCAUGCUCUAAAAUGAA